GACACGAAAGCCACGAGGGUGAAUGACUUUGAUUCUGCUGACAGAGAUCGCGAGUUAUACUUCGCCUUAUCAUCUACACAACAACUGCCAAGCAACUGACGUAUGAAACUACUAAUUCUGAAUUAGCGUAACGUAAACCGAAGAGCAUGAUUUAGUACAAUGCUUUAUAUGCUUCAAGAUACGAAUCUUUCUACAACCCCAUAUCCGUACAUAUCUAGACCAUGGCGCGAACAGAUAGUCACGGCUACCUUGCCACGUGUCAAAGGACUGUAAAAGCUGCUGAAGCUCAACUACUUGUGAAGAUCAACCUACUUAAUGUUGAUCUCGAAUUUUCUAUGGAUGACACAUGCUGUGAUUUGGACAAGAGUGAAUGUGUUUUGAGAACAUGUACUGUCCUUUGCACCGACAUGGUGCCUUGCGACCUUGUGGGCCGGACUGGAGCUCUUUGUGCAAUCACGUCGUUGCACACUUACAAUUGCGAAAUGCUUUUUUUUUGUAUAGGAUGGUAUUAAUUUUGAUUAUAUUAUAUCCUACUCUUACAAGACAAUAUGUUAAAUACGUUCUAAUUCGAAAUACGAGGGUACUUGAAUAUAGAAGAGAAGGAACAAAUUUUAAACGCUGCUCGACAAUGCGGUUGUUACAAAUCACCAAGAGAACAACACUCUUGUCGUGCGAAAGCAGCAGUAAGGGCGCUUCCACUUCUCGCCCCCCUGUUACUUAGCAAGUGAGACUACGUCUGUGUCUGGAACCUCUCACACGUGUGUCAAUCGGCUGCGGCUUUUGUUCUGCGGCCUCGUCUUGUUACUUCAGGUGGGACGCAUCGCGUGUUUGUCCGCCCGCGCGGCCGCUUGUUCGCGGGGCUGGACUUAGAAACAGAAAACGAUUCUUGCUGUCGCUGUAUUAACUGCGGUAUCAU